CAUUCAAGUUGUAGAAUCUCAUCACCACCUGUUAACGCAAACGCUCAGUCACCAUGGGAAGAAUGGACAAUGUUCAAGAGGAGGCGCUGAGGGCGCAUAACCGCCUGCGAUCGAAGCACGAAGCAGCUCCGCUGACAUUCUCGGCGGAGUGCGCCAAGCAUGCGCAGAAAUGGGCAGAUCACCUUGCGAAGACCGAUAAGUUCGAACACAGUGAAAACAAAGACUUCGGUGAGAAUAUCGCCACUGGAUUCGGUUCCGGAGACUAUGAUUUGUCAGUUGAGCAAGCCACUGAAAACUGGUACAGUGAAAUCAGAGACUAUGAUUUCAGCAAGCCCGGAUUCAAAUCCGGAAUCGGUCACUUCACUCAAGUUGUGUGGAAGGCAACGAAAGAGAUGGGUAUUGGUAAGGCCAAGUCUAAAAAGGGUCGUAUUUACAUCGUUGCCAACUAUAAACCGGCCGGUAACAUGAUGAGAGAUUUUGCAGUUAACGUAAUCAAAGGGACUGGUUCUCUCGCCGACAUUAAAUCGCCCCCUAGUGCUGGUAAUGCUAAAGGCAACAGUGAAAAAAAGACAGGUCCACUGAAAUGCGCUGGCUGUACUAACGAAAUUACAAAAUACUACGAGACAAAAGAUGGACGCUGUAUGUGUGAAGAUUGUUAUAAAAAGAAGGAAGCUUCAAAAUGUGCUGGCUGCAACGACCCAGUCAUAGGGGAAAUCAUCAGUGCGAUGGAAUCGAAGUGGCAUGCCAAAUGUUUCGUCUGCACAGAAUGCAAGAAGCCAUUCGAUGGACCAUUCAUACCGAAAGAUGGCAAGCCGUACUGUAAGAAAGACUACGAGAAAUUAUUCAUGGGCGGUAAGAGUAAACCUGAAAAAUGUCACGGAUGUAAAGAGAAGUUGGAGACCAAGUGGAUCGAGGCAAUGGAUAAGCCGUGGCAUCCUGGAUGCUUCAAAUGUGCUGGCUGCAAGAAAGCACUGGAAGGCGAAUCUUUCUUCAAAAAGAACGACAAUCCUUAUUGUGGGGACUGUGUCAACAAAUGAGAAUCCAGUUUAUCCGAAAUUCAUUCAAAAAUGGAAAUUUUUCUUUUUUUCCGUAGGCACAAUUAUGAUUUGCAUACUAACAGUGUAGUUUUUCACACGUGUCGUUUCUUGGCACGUAUUAUAUAAAGAUGCUAAAAUAGCAGGGAGUUUACUUUGAAUUGCAUUAUUUUUAGCUUUGCUAAUAUAUUUGAUAUUGCGUCACGUGUAGUGUGACCAUAGCUUAGCGGCAUUUUAUUUUUAUUUUGCACCAUUUUCGCCAUUUGUUUAGUUAUGAAAGUGUUCUUUUAUUUUAUCUAGUUUUUUAACAAUGUCUAUACAGCAAGCUCUGUCAUUAUUAAUGACUAUUUUAAACCUUAGAGGAACUUAUUUUAUUACAUUACCGCCAAAUCAUUUUUCUCAAUGUGGCCAUUGAUGGCGCUCAGGCUGGUGCAUUUUCUUCGGUCUACUUACCGACGGUGGGAUAUUUGUAGGGAUUUUCGAUGUUGGUAUCCCAUGUCGAUACCUUCAUUAAGUCCAUCGUCUGGAUUCAAUAUCCGAUGCUCUAGUGUGUUGAGUUUUAUUUUAAUUUUCGCAACUAGCACUGUUAUUUGUGCUAUAUCGAUUCUCAGGAUUCCAGUGUUAUUAUUUAAGUCUUUGGUUGAUAAAUUGUAAUUAAUUAUAUAUAUUAUUUUCUGUGUUCCACUAUGUUUUUAUUUAUCAUUCUACUAUUAUCAUUCCGAAAAAAUUUCAUAUAAUUCUAAAAAAA